AUGGCACCCCCAGAGGAGAAAAAGAAAAAAGCUGAAGUGCCGGCUCGCACGGCUGGCUGGUCGAAACUCGAGUCCGGCGCUGCCGUCGUCAUGAGUGAUUUAGUCAAGCGUGGCCAGACCGUCGCCGUCGCCGAGACGACCUCUGGCGGGCUCAUCUCAGCGGCGCUCUGGUCGUCGCCGCUCGGUCCGCAGGCCUUCAAAGGGUCUGGCAUUCGGCUGGCCUACGGAAUUAACCGCUCGGCCGAUAAGGAGGGUGUCGCCAGAGCGAGAGAGCACAUCGCCACCAAGAUGGCGCCAGAGUUCGCAGACGUGCAGAGCCCGCGCCUUCGGGCAGUUGGGAUGGGCCUGGUCUACGAGGACGGCGUCGAGCACAGUGAGUCGGGCUCCGCGGCACAUGCCCUCGAGCUGGCGCACGCGGCAAAGCUCAACCUCGGCACCGAUUGGGGAAUCGGCGAGUCGAGCGUGCCAGGCCCCGAUCCGCACCGCAGAACCGGCCUUUUGCCUGGAAUGGGAUUCGUGGCUGUCGCCGGGCCGAGCCCAGAAACGACGGGCGUGCUCAAGGUGGGCCCGUCCGACGACAAGCGCAGCGUAAACAUGCUGCGUUUCGCGCAGGCCGGCGUCGAUUUGAUGCACUGGCUCAUGGAAGGAGAGUCGAAGGGCAAAGUGUGA